AUUGAAAGGCGCGCCUUUGUCACUCACAAUUCCCCCGUUGCAUUACCAGUUCCAGCUGUAAAUAAUGAAUUUUUCAAAUGUACCGAAAGAACUCUCCCAUCUGAACGUGUUUUUAAGAUGUGCUUCGGAUCACUCGGCGAAAAACCCCACUAUCACAUACUACUGUCUCCUGCAUGCAUUUCAAAAAGGUUUAAGUAUGACUCAAAAAUCACCCCCUAUCAAGGCAUUUUUGACAACUCUCAUGGAUAAGUUAGAAGAAUUAAAGAGAAAUAAUUCAAACUGUGAAGAAAUUGCGAAUGAAACUGUUGGGAUUCCUUAUGUUGAACAGUAUGCCCUCAAGUUGUUUGAUGCUGCUUACCAGAGGGAUAUAAACUCCGACUUCGGACCUGCUACUGUAAAAUUAUUUCUUUCAGCUGCUACACUCUUAGACGUUGUUUCUGGAGUUGGAGAAGUAGGUGAUGAUGUGAGCUAUCAUUUACUCAUCCGGUGAUAUACUUUUUUCUAAUGAUAGAUCGAAAAGACCAGGAAGUAUGCCAAAUGGAAGGCCGUUUACAUCAGCAAAUGCUUGAAAUCUGGCGAAGUUCCAGUAGGUGGUCCUAUUGCUAACACCGAAGCUGCCUACACCCCAAAUAUUUCUGGACUAACAAAUACAAACAAUCUCUGCAACAAUGAAACAAAUCAACAACCUCAUGAAGUCCCCACCACUUGCAUACCUAAACAACCGCCUAGUCCUGAUCCAUCUGCAUCUGAUAAUAAUAUUACAACAAGAAAUUGGUUGAAUGUAGAAAAAGAUAUCAAAUGUGCAUUGAGUGCAUCAAAUUAUCAGGAUAGAGAAACAACCGUGAAAUACUUGAAGCAAGCGUUAAAAUCACUUGGAGUUGAUAUCUAAAUCUUAAAACGGUGUUUUAACUUUUAAUUUACAGUGCAAAGAUGUAUUUUAUAGUAAUUGGAACAUUGUCCCUUUUAUGUGAUAGUUUUUGAGAAUUUAUUACUGAUAUUUUAACAAAGUAAGCUACAAGUAUUAUGAUGGU